AUGAAGUAUACAGAAAAAGCUAAGGUAAAAAUAUUGCCUAAACCAGCACCAAUGGCUCAUUCUCCACAAACACCAUCUCCAUUGGUUUCAGUGUCACCUCGUUACGCGAAUACCCCCAUAUUACCCGCACCAAAACGUUCCAAGUCUGCCGCUUCUGUCUCGUCAACAAAACCUUCGACUCCCAACGCUGGCCCCGAGUUGAAAAAACAAAGGAAGUCAACUAGUAGUGCGUCACCCCGCGAGCGCCCCACCAAAUCCACCAGAUCGACCGAUAACUCACCAAAAGACACGACAACAACAACCUCAUCAUCAUCACAAAAACAAUCGAAGCAAACAGGACAUAGACCAGUCACCUCGUGCACAUUUUGUCGUCAACACAAGAUCAAAUGCAAUGCUCUGGAUAAUUACCCACAACCAUGUCAAAGAUGUGAACGCAUGGGAUUGAAAUGUGACAUUGACCCUGAAUUUAGACCCAAGAAGGGAUCACAGAUCCAAUCAUUGAAACUGGAUGUUGAUGAAUUAAAGGCUAAAAUCGAUCUUUUAACCAAGAACGAGUCGCUUUUGACCCAGGCUUUAAGUCAACAUAAUAUGGGGUUUCUCAAUCAAACAUCUUCACCUCAUGUCCAACCGCAACAUCUGCCACCACAUCAAGCAUACGCACAUUCGCAUUCGCACUCACAAUCACAAUCACAAACAAAUACUCCUAUACACGCACACCCACAACCACAACGGAGCAACCUGUAUCCAUCAAAUGCAGUAAUUAGUCCCAUGGUACUACCAUCAUCUUCAACCUAUGCCAAUAGUCCAAAUAUGUCACCCAUUCCAUCAGUCACCAAAAUCCAACAAAGCCCUCCAUUAAUGCACGAUAAUUCAGACAAUUCACCUUCCACAAUGAGUAUUUUUGACAUAAAGGAGGAAAACUAUCAGCCAAUAUCAGAAUUCGUUUUGGGCGAUGUCAAUUUACCCUUGGCAAAAGCCAAUGAAUUGCAUCACCGAUUCAUGACGAGAAACUUGAAAUAUUUUCCAAUUAUCCACUCACGCUCAGCUACUGAACUAUAUCAUAAAUCAAACUUGUUAUUCUGGGUUGUUAUAUUGACGGCAAGUUUAGGGGAGCCAGAACCAACUUUAUACAUGUCAUUAGCGUCAUUAAUCAAGCAAUUGGCGAUAGAGACAUGCUGGAUUAAAACUCCACGCUCGACUCAUGUUAUUCAAGCAUUGAUUAUCUUGUCGAUAUGGCCAUUACCAAAUGAAAAAGUGCUCGAUGAUUGCUCUUAUCGAUUUGUUGGAUUGGCCAAAAAUUUGUCUUUACAAUUGGGAUUACAUCGAGGUGGAGAAUUUAUCCAAGAAUUUAGUCGCAAUCAAGUGAGUCUAGGUCCUGAUGCUGAAAAGUGGAGAACAAGAUCAUGGUUGGCUUUAUUUUUUUGUGAACAGUUUUGGUCAUCGUUGUUGGGAUUACCACCAAGUAUAAAUACUACUGAUUACCUAUUGGAAAACGCCCGAGUUGACCAAUCGUUGCCCAAGGAGUUUCGAUGCUUAAUUUCAUUGUCUAUUUUCCAAUGCAAAUUGGUUAAUGUCAUGGGGAUUAGUGUUACUAGACCCGAUGGGUUAUUGGAACCGCUGAAUCGUGCCGGAUCACUAAACUUAUUGGAUAGGGAAUUGGAGCGAUUGAGGUUCAAAUUGCAAAUUGAAGAAGGAUCACCUAUUGAAGUUUACUACCUUUACAUCAAGUUGAUGAUUUGUUGCUUUGCGUUUUUACCAGGCACUCCAAUUGAAGAUCAAGUUAAAUAUGUCAGUUCAGCAUACUUGUCAGCAACUCGUAUCAUCACCAUUGUAUCGAAAAUGAAUCAAGAAACCAGCUUAAUUGAGUUACCGAUAUAUAUCAGACAAGCAGUUUCAUACUCAGUUUUGCUUCUUUUCAAAUUACAUUUAUCAAAAUAUUUAUUUGAUAAAUAUGUUGAUUCUGCAAGACAAUCAAUUGUCACUGUACAUCGAAUGUUUAGAAACACAUUAAGUUCAUGGCAAGAUUUACAAAAUGACAUGUCAAGAACCGCCAAAGUUUUGGAGAAUCUCAAUAUAGUGUUGUAUACGUAUCCAGAUAUCUUCCUUCAGGAGGAUAAGGAUGAAGGGUCGAGUAUUAUCACCCGCAUGAGAUCCCAUUUGACAGCGUCGUUGUUUUAUGAUUUAGUUUGGUGUGUUCACGAAGGUAAACGAAGAACAGCUUUGGAUAAAGGCAAACCACCAACGAAGAAAAUCGAACCUCAUGAUAAAAAGUUACUUCCAUUGCCAUUUUAUAAUCAAAUAACAAAGGACGAUUUUACCACUAUAACAACAACUACACCCAAUGGUACCACCAUCACCACUUUGGUCCCUACUGAUCAAGCGAUGAAUCAAGCCAAGCUGAAUGCAGGUGACAACAAGCCAUUGGAAAUCAAUGGUAUUCCAUUAUCAAUGUUGGAAGCAACUGGGUCCACUAGAGAAAUAAUGAAUGUCCAGGAUCAAGAACCAACAGUUGUGAAAACCGAGUCACCAAUCCCAGGACAACAUCCGCAACACCCACAACACCCACUGCAUCAACAACAACAACUGCAUCCACUGCAUUUGCAACUACAACAAGCCACCCCUAUUCUUGAAUCCAGUGCACCAACUAAUCAGCAACCACCUCAACUUAGAUCACAACAAUUGCCACAUCAACAGCAACAAGCGCAACCACAACCUCCAUUCCCAUUCGGUCAAUCGCCACCACCACAGAGUUACUUGCCCACAAUCGAAGAAGUCAAUGUGAAUGAGCAAUAUCCAGUUUUCAACAGUGAUCAACAGCAAGGACAAACAGGAGCUAGCGCCCCGGGCACAAUCGGUACAGGCGCUUCUGGUGGGUCUGGUUCUUUUGUUUCCCAAAUUGAUUCUUUUUUCCAACAACAGUCGAAUGGAUGGAUGGAUAACCAGGAUGAUGAUUUCUUGGGAUGGUUUGAUGUAAACAUGUUGCCUGAUCAGUAG